UAAAGAGCGAAUCGGGACGUGCACCGCGAGUGUGUGUGUGUGUGUGUGUGUGUGUGCGGUGGUGUAUCCGCCGCAUCUCCAUCAGUCCUCCAGCGCCCAUUCAGCUCUGAUAUUAAUCAUCAUCAUCAUCAUCAUGGUGAUAAAGGUGGACUUUGAGGAGUGUGUGAAGGACUCACCCAGGUUCAGGGCUGCUGUAGAAGAUGUAGAGGGCGACGUCGGGGAACUGGAGUCCAAACUGGACAAGUUGGUUAAGCUGUGUAUCGGAAUGAUCGAUGCAGGACGAGUCUACAGCCAUGCUAACAGACAGUUCAUUAACGGGAUCAGAGACUUAGCGCUACAGUCCAGCAGUGAUGAUGUCAUCGGGUCCAGUUUAGCUGCGUUUGCUGAGACUCUGCAGGAGAUGAACAACUAUCACACUAUUUUAUUCGAUCAGGCUCAGCGGUCGGUGAAAUCUCAGCUCCAGACCUUCGUGAAGGAGGAUCUGAGGAAAUUUAAGGAGGUGAAGAAACAGUUUGAUAAAGCCAGUGAGGAGAAGGAAGCAGCUCUAGUGAAAAACGCUCAGGUUCCCCGAACCAAGCAGCACGAGGUGGACGAGGCCACCAACAUCCUCACCACCACCCGCAAGUGCUUCCGCCACGUCGCCCUCGACUACGUACUGCAGAUCAACGUUCUUCAGUCUAAGAAGCGACUGGAGAUCCUGAAAUCAAUGUUGUCCUUCAUGAACUCCAACCUGAGCUUCUUCCAGCAGGGAUACACCAUGUUCACUGAUCUACAACCACUGAUGAAGCAGCUCGGGGGACAGCUGGAUCAGCUGGUUGUCGACUCAGCAAAAGAAAAAAGAGACAUGGAGCAAAAACACUCAGCUAUACAACAACAGGCUGCACUGCAGGACUUUUCGUCGGAGGACUGCAGGCUGCAGGUCAGUGUGGAUUGUGAUGAUGGAGUGAUGAUGGAGGGGUAUCUGUUCAAACGAGCCAGCAACGCCUUCAAAACCUGGAACAGGCGCUGGUUCUCCAUUCAGAACAAUCAGCUGGUCUAUCAGAAGAAGUUCAGGGAUCAUCUGACUGUGGUGGUAGAAGAUCUGCGGCUCUGUACAGUUAAACAGUGUGAAGAUGUGGAACGGCGCUUCUGUUUCGAGGUCGUUUCUCCUAACAAGAGCUGUAUGCUACAGGCUGACUCGGAGAAGCUGCGUCAGUUCUGGACCAAAGCUGUACAAACCAGCAUCGCUACAGCGUUCAGAGAGAACGGAGAUGAACCUGUAGCUCGUUUGGAGCGGGAGGCGUCUCUAUCUCUGGGCAGUCUGGACUCGGUGGGCGAGCCGUGCCGCCCCGCCCGGGCCGACAGCGCCCUGCACCGGGUCCUGUCCGUUAAAGGGAACCAGAACUGCUGUGACUGUGGGGAGGCGGAGCCACUCUGGGCCAGCAUCAACCUGGGCAUCACCCUCUGCAUCGCCUGCUCCGGCAUCCACAGGAGUUUAGGAGUUCAUAACUCGAAGGUCAGAUCUCUGACUCUGGACUCGUGGGAACCAGAACUUCUGAAGCUGAUGUGUGAGCUGGGGAACCAGCUGAUCAAUCAGAUCUACGAAGCUCGACGAGAAGAAAUGGGCUGGAGGAAACCACAGCCGGGGGACUCCAGGCAGGACAUGGAGGCCUACAUCCGGGCCAAGUAUGUGGAGAGGAGGUUUGUACGAAGGCAAGACUCCCAGGAGCAAAAGUCAAGGGUCACGAUGCUGAGUAAACAAGACAAGCGAAUGAAGGGGAGCAUGGAGUUCCUGCCACCCCGUCCACCACCUCCCACCCCGAAGAUCCGAGCCCCAUCCAACAGCUCAGCGUCCCUCAGUGGUCAGGAGGUGCGCCGUGACUCGCUCUUCUGCCCCGACGAGCUCGAUUCUCUGUUUUCUUACUUCGACACGUCGUCAAAGCUCCGGAGCCUAAAGAGUGCGGACAGCGGCAUCCAGAACAGCACUGACGGGAGCAGAGAGAUGCUCAGCUCACCGUCCUGCACCAGCCUUACCGAACCAGAUCUACACGAGGUGGAGUCUCAGCGUGAUUCUCCGCCGGUUCUCUCUGAGGUGACGGAGUGCUCUCCCAGUAUGCUGCUGUACUGGGCCUCCUGUACCUCCAGUUUAGCUGACAUGGUCGAGGCGUUUGCACUCGGCGCCGACGUCAACUGGGCCAGCGUGGAGGAUCAGAGCCGAACGCCACUGAUACAGGCCGUACACGGGGGCUCGUUACUGACCUGUGAGUUCCUGCUGCAGAAUUCGGCUAAUAUGGAUCAGCAGGACGCUCGUGGCAGAGCCGCCUUGCACCACGCGGCCAUGCUGGGACACACAGGACUGGUGUGUCUGUUUCUGAAACGUGGAGCCCGUCAUGCCGUCACAGACGUGGACGACAGGAGUCCUCUAUCCAUCGCCAUGGAUACCACCAAUGCGGACAUCAUCACCUUGUUGCGGAUGGUGAAGGUGAACGAUGAGAUGCGUGAAUCGCUGGACCAGUCGGUUCAGUUCUCGCACUCUCAGAGUCAGUCGGAUCAGCAGUACAGGAAGUGCUUACAGGAUUUCAUCAACCAGCAGCUGGACGAAUGCUAACACGCGCCAACACGCCGCCGAUACCGAGCGGAGCUGCCGAAUUACCACCUCAGUACCUCACCUGCACAAAUUACCGUAUAUUCCAGAGUACGAGGAGCGGAUACUGCAAGCUGUAUUUAACACGUCUGGAAUCAGCUGGUGUUACACUGUGCGACAAUCAGAUCGACGAUCUGAUGUUGCUAAUGCAGAAAUCAUGAAAGAUCAUUUUAUUUAUUUAUUUAUUUAUUGGUGCUCGCCGUAAUUAGU